GUAACAUACCGUUAUUCUACCUUUUCAUGCAAAUUUCUAUUUUUACUGAACAAGAAAUGGUAAAAAAACUAGGCACCAUACCAUUACCCUGUUUUCUUUCACUAUCUGAUCGGUAAUUGGUAUGGCCUAGGCAAAAGAAAUGGGGCAUCAUAAAUUGAAUCACACUCUCCUUAUAUGAUCAGAAUUAAGACACCCUUUAUGUUAUCAGAUCCUUUCUAGGGACGAGAAAAUGCUACUUCUUCCUAGAAACAAUAAAGGAGCGCUAAAAACCACAUUUUUUUCUUUUCAUUUACAAGUCCUUAAAUGCAGAACCAGAGGUCAGAGCACACCUAUUUAAUGACCAUGUAUGUAUAGAUUGAAGUGCCCUUUUUUGUCUACACAUUUUUCUCUGUCCUAGCAGCCUCAAAUUUUGACCACUUGGCAAGCUGUGCUGCAUUGUAGCUAAGCUUUAUCAUAACUAAUUUGGAAAAGAAAAUGAAAAUUGUCUAUAUAAGUAUUGGAGAGCUUACGGUUGGUGUUCAUCCAUAGUUCUCACUAGUCUUCUUUCUAGGUGGAUUUGAGGCAUUCCUUUAUAUUGCUCGUGUUUGUUGUUUUGAGUGUUGAUUUUGGAGGGGAAAUGAGUUACUUGGGCGUUGGUGUUAGUCCCGGGACUGUCCCAGUUUACCACAGCACAAACUUAAAAGUGUUUGAUAGAAGGAUUAGGAUAACAGAACUGGUGUUAAGGUCUGUGAUCCUUGGUUUAGGAGUUCUUGCAGCUGUUCUUGUGGGGACUGAUUCCCAAGUCAAAGAGAUUUUCUCAAUUCAGAAGAAAGCUAAAUUUACUGACAUGAAGGCUUUAGUGUUCCUGGUAGUUGCAAAUGGGUUAGCUGCUGGCUACUCGUUAAUCCAAGGGCUGCAUUGUAUUGUGAGUAUGAUCAGGGGAAGAGUACUCUUCAGCAAGCCCUUAGCUUGGGCUGUUUUUUCCGGUGAUCAGGUAAUGGCAUACAUAACAGUGGCUUCGGUGGCGGCUGCAGUGCAAUCUGCUGUGUUUGCAAAGAUGGGCCAGCCAGAACUUCAAUGGAUGAAAGUAUGCAACAUGUAUGGGAAAUUCUGCAACCAAGUGGGAGAAGGGUUAGCUAGUGCUUUUGUGGUUAGCCUUAGUACAGUGGUCCUGUCUUGUAUUUCUGCUUUCAGUCUUUUCCGUUUGUAUGGCAGUAACAAAACUAAAAAUGCAAAUUGGUAGGUUAGAAAACUACCACAGGUUCUAGUUAAAUAACCCACCACUCACCCCCUCAACAUAAUUGUUCAGUAAUUUACAAGGCUCUUCGUCUAUACAUGUAGCAGUAAAUGAUGAUGGUAUUAUGGGAAUGGAAUACCAACUAUUGUACUGAUCAGUUAAUAAUUAA